UUUCUAAGGGGAGUUAAUAAAAUUAUUAAUAAUUUUCCAGGAGUUGUCUGGCCGAACAGUGGCGUCUCCGCGCCAUGUUACUGUCCAGCAGGAACAUCAGGUGCAGUGAAUUUCCUCGAAGACUGCACCGCAGAGAAGAUUUUCUCCUUCGGUCCCCCAUACCACUGCAGCUUGCUGUGGUACAGGAACUUCCAGAGCAACUUUUUCCUCAACAAUUACAAUUUACAAGGGCAAGGGAACGACGCCAACAGAGACAAACGAGGGUCCGGAAUAUGCAAACCGGAGUCGCACUUCAAGAUCGACAAUUGCAACGUGUGUCUCUGUUCUAGCGAUGGUUCGCACAUGGCAUGCACUUCCAUGCAGUGCAUCCUAGGUGAGGAAUACGCCGAAGAGUCCUUCGAGAUCCUGCACCGGUUUGUGAACGCGAAGACAAGAGCUGCCGAAACUUGCGAGCCAGGAAGAGCCUUCAACAAGGACUGCAACGCUUGUCGAUGUUCCAGCGACGGGCAGUAUGCAGUUUGCACAAAAAUGUCGUGUCCUGAGGAGAAGGCGAGAGAAGCCAGCGUUCAAUGCGAACCUGGCACCAGCUUCAAAGAGGACUGCAACGUCUGCAUCUGCAAUUCAGAUGGCACUAAGGCUUUCUGCACAAAGAUGUGGUGUACAGAGAAAGAAGAUGAGUCCCAGGACUCGUCUUCGGGAUCCCAGACCGACGCCGAAGAGGCUGUCGCGACUACAAGGAGCGAGGAGACCUGUGAGCCUAACAGCAGCUUCAAGAAGGACUGCAACGUUUGCAUAUGUUCUGCCGAUGGGAAGCAUGCAGCUUGCACCAAGAGGUUCUGCUCGAAGGAAAAGUCAGGGCUCCUGCACCGCUUCUUCAAGGACGGAUCCCAUCCUGAAGGAUCUGAAGAUGGCCCCGUUGCGACGCAGAGGGCCGAUGUCUAUUGUCAGCCUAAAUCCACCUUCAAGAACGACUGCAACAUCUGCAUCUGCAACGACCGUGGCACCAAUGCUGCCUGCACGGGUAUGGCAUGUCUCAGACAGGAGGAUUCAGGCAACCUGGAAGAAAAUCAGAGUUUAGGAAGGACGGAAAAGAUCACCUGCGAACCUAACAGCACCUUCAAUGUUAAAUGCAACGUCUGCAUCUGCUCCAGCGACGGGAAAUCUGCAGCCUGCACCAAGAAGUGGUGCUUCAAUCCUAAACGUUCGGGUGUUACUAGCUUCCUGGCUGUUAAAGGAUACCUUUACGACGAGGAUAAGAUCUUGAGUGAUCCUGAUUACAGUCCCCAGAAGGGAGGAUACUCGAAGAACAAGGGGCAUCAUGAUGGAGACCACGAUGGGCAUGGAGAACAUGGAGGGCAUCCGGACGAUGCUCCAGCUAGAUACAGAAGGGACGUGGAGGAGAGUCUUAGAGACGAGAUAAACAGUAAAAAUGUCACCUGUGAACCCAAUUCCAGCUUUAAUACCGAGUGCAACGCCUGCAUCUGCUCCAGCGAUGGGAAAUCUGCAGUCUGCACCAGGAUGUGGUGCUCCGGCAAUGAAGUCCCGGGUGUUUCCAACUUCCUGGCUGCUAGCGAAUAUUUCUACAAUGAGGAUAAGAUCUUGAAUGACCCUAAUUACCGUCCCCAGAAAGGAGGAUACUCGAAGAACAAGGGACACCAUUAUGGAGACCAUGAUCAGCAUCAGGGACAUGGUGGCUACAAUGGUCACCAGGAACAAGGUGGUUACAAUGGUCACCAUGAACAUGGAGGAACAUGGGGUUACAAUGGUCACCAUGAACAUGGUGGUUACAAUGGUCACCAUGAACAUGGCGGUUACAAUGGUCAUCAUGGAGAACAUUUCGAUGAUUCUCCGGCUAGAUACAGAAGAGACGUUCAGAAAUGCGUACCAAACUCCAGAUUUAAAGACAAGUGCAACAGUUGCAUCUGUUCUGCGGAAGGCACUUAUGCGUACUGCACCUUGAAGCACUGUCUUCCGAUACUCGAAGAGAAGGAGAAAUCUCCUCAGAGGACUAAGAGAGAUGUUCAGCAACGAAUCUGCAACCCACUUGCAGUUUUGGAAGACGGAUGUGUGACAUGUACUUGUCUCGGUGAUGGUACCAGCUUUUUCUGUACCGAGAUCGUCUGCCUAGCCAAAUCUUAGAUGACGUCAAGAUGAAAUAAAUCGUAGGAGCUGAAAAUAAAUAUCAAGUUUAUUUUACGAUAGCUUUAUAUCAU